AUGAAGUCACUCGGAUUAGCCACCACCUGUAAUCAACUCAGAGUAUGCCUCAAUUCCUCAACAUCAGUCAAGCUGGCAACUCCGUUCGGGUUCCUCCGGUCUCGACAUCAGUCCUCAGCUCCCCAGCAUAACCAACAGACCGUGCCACAUGUGACGCCAAAUCAGUUAUUACCAAUCAAUGCCAGCGGUAAGAAGUUCAAAGACUUGGCUCAAGAUCUUAACCAGCGAUCACUCUCCUUGGUAGAACUCGAAGCCAUCCAACUGCCCUCGAGCUACCACGACCAAAAAACGCACGAAAAUGACAAGUCCAAGGUGAUUUCCUCGGGCACGGGAGGAUCGGAUACAAUACCCAGACGGAAGAGGAGGACAGACUUCGAGCCAGAUCCCCAAUUCAAAUUCGAGCGCAAGAGGGGCAAGAAACAUAUUAUGCUUCAGUUGAAACAGGCCAAGCUGAACGGCGGCUCGACCCAAUCUACCAAGAUCGAGCUCGUCGAUCAUCUGGACCUCUCGAUCAGAUGGAAUGGCCGCCUGAAUAAACUCCUGUUUUCUUUGCCUCUUCCUCCCUCUGAAAAACUCCAAUCGAAUCCCAGCCCAUCAUUAUCAUCAAACGACGACUCGAUCGAUCAUCAGAAAACAUCAACAACACCACAGGAUCAAAAAAGCGAAAUAAAUGAAUUUAUAAAGCUAUGUCUGGGACCUUUGGUUUGGUCGAACCCUAAAGUAGACAUCUCCCUAGUCUACCAUCAAGACCAAUCCAAACCAACCAUCACUUUUUGGAUGGCCGAAGAGACUGCUGAUGGCUCAAGCGAGAAUCAAAAGGUCAAGAAGGUGGAAAUCGAGGGAUAUAGUCGAUCCAAAAUCCUGAAGUUGGUUCUCAAUCAGGAAAAUCGAAAUUAA